AUGUAUCACGACAACUCUUCAUCGCGAUCGCCAGGAUCGCAGCGUCAUCCACAGACGCUCCAUAGACAGCCAUCUCGCCAGUUUGACGCUUACGGUCCGAUGCCUACAAACCCUUACGAAGAUCCGCUCGCGAGAUACGAUAAUUCCCGCCUCGAUCGCCUUAAUCCGCUGCACGGUGGCACAAACUACGCUUAUGAAAUUUCUGGCUCCCAGACAUGGAACCCAAACGGUUUUGCCGGUGGUCACUCUCUUGCUGGUAUUGGCUCCGCCACUGGUAGAAUGAAGCCUUCACGAGGCAGGACUGGUCUCCCAACACCUUGGCUCGAUCAGCAACCUGGUGUCCCCUCUUCCUUUUCCGGAUUGGCUCCAGGCCCGCUUGCUGGAACACAGAUGCAAUCUUCCUCCAGCCAGGAUGGUGAUGACGAGCUGAUUCCUACUGCGAUUGUUAUCAAGAACAUUCCUUUUGCGGUUAAGAAGGAGCAGUUGGUGCAGCUAAUGACCGAGAUGAACCUUCCUCUUCCAUAUGCCUUUAAUUACCACUUCGAUAAUGGCGUUUUCCGUGGUCUCGCUUUCGCCAAUUUUACUUCUGCCGAGGAAACCGCCACUGUGAUUGAUAUGCUCAACCACUUUGAGCUACAGGGCCGCAAAUUGCGCGUCGAAUACAAAAAGAUGCUUCCCCUACAGGAACGUGAACGUAUCGAAAGAGAGAAGCGGGAACGCCGUGGACAACUCGAAGAGCAACAUCGACCUAUUGCUGCAUCCCAGUUGCAGACUCAGAGCUCCAUGUCUUCCUUAGCCUCGCAUAUUCCCGCUACAUCACCUUCACCGGUUUCUCAACGUGGGCCAAAGCUUGAUGUUGAUUUAAACGAUAGCCAAACAUUGCAAUUCUACUCGCAGAUGCUUUUGUUCAAGGAAGAUAUGAGCCGUGAAGCCCUGAUAUUCCCAUCCAAUCUCACUCCUAUCCAGCGCCGGACGGUCCACACUCUUGCACACAAUAUGGGCUUGAGUCAUGCUUCUCGUGGAACUGGAGAUCAACGCCAGGUACAUGUCUUUCGCGCACCGCCUGGCUCUAAUGUCAGCCCACCCUUGUCCUCGAUUCCUGCAACGGUUCAUGCCGCCGAAGCAUCUCGCCGUGGUCUGAAUCGUGCGGCCACUAUUGACUUUAGCGAGUCCCGUAGCGAAGGACCCGGUCCAUUCAGUACCAUGCGUGGACAAACAUCAGGUUUUCUAGGUGUUUUGGAAUCGCCCGGCGGAUUCGGCAACCCACAGAACUUGCGUGCAGCCAAAUCAUUUGCUGAUCUGCGAUCUUACACACCAUCCCCCGUACCAUCGUCUGCAAGUUUCCCUGCAACCCUACAAACCAAUGGUGCGCGUCUUCAACAACAAUAUGACGGCACAGCCAGUGGAACAUCCAACACUCCUACUCUGACCCCUACACCUUCAGGUACAUCCCUUGGUCUUCAACGAGACGAUGGACUUCUCGUCAACAGCCUCGGCAGUCUCUCACUGGGAACGAGUCUCGGUGGUCCCGCUGGUAGUCCCAGACGCCUACGUGGUAUGUUUUCUUGGGAACAGGAUAGUAACCAAGGUGCUCCAGCUGGAGCUAUCGGCAGCAAUCGGUCUAUCGGGGUAGGUUUUGAUAAUCAGUCUCAAGAACGCCUUCCGAUGAGGCAGCCUCGAGGACCAGCACCUGAACGCGGAUCCGGAUUCAGACGUCAGAAUGGCCACCAAUCACGCGGUAGUGACGAGCUUCGUACGGGAUCUGGCGUGGAGAUUAUCGUCGAGUAGGAUGAGAAAAAAUUAUGACUGAAUUGUGACAAGAGCGAAUGUCUAAGUUCAGACGACAUGCAAGUGCAAAUGUUUCAAAGAGAAUAACAAAAAUAUAUCAUACAAGAAGAAAUUUUGGGGCGAGGAAAUGAUUACGACAAUUGUAAUUCGACGCGAAUGUCGCCACUUUACCGGCAGACUUGUUUCAAUAUAACGAUUCGAUGAUGGACGACGAGAUGACUCCAAGAAAAAAAAAGAAUCCGAAGAGAGAAUAUGCUAUUGUUUUUUUUUUCCUGCGAUGAGCUCAUAAUCCUAUCUAUCUAUUCACUUUGAUUUUUUUUUACCUUCGUCCUCCUUGUUGCGUGUUAACACCGUGAUUAUUAUUCUUUUAUUACGUCUGUUUCUCUAGAUAUAUUCUCCUUGGGGCAGCCCAGCAUGAACAGAUUAUGAACAUGAUUGGAUGAUGCAGACAAAUGAGCAAUUCGAGUUUUGAAUGAUUUGAUAAGAUUGAUAAUACAUGGUAUGGCAUGACAAGAGCAAGAGCGAAAGCAUCAGCAUGAGCGCGAGCACUUGGUUUGAGCGUUUGUUGUUAUUAACGAUCAACGAUCACGAAGAUGAAAAUGGGACAAACGAACUAUGAUCACACGAGAACGAAACGAUCGACAUGACUACGAAGAGGGGGCGGGGAUAACAAUACCAAACUGAUCACGCACUCGUCCAAUUACUCCAUCAAAUCGGCCCGACUGAUCGAGCAGGACGACAACAAUAACCCGAAAAAAUGAUUAUCGAAAAAGUCUGUGGAUUCCAGCAUUGUUUUUGCCCUUCAGUUUACGGCCCUCUUGUACCUCGUUUUUCAUCCAUUGAAUGCUGCGUGCCUGUUCGCCUGCCUGUUUCUGUUUUUUCAUCGCUGUCAUUUGUGCUGUGUUGUGUUGUCUGCAUCACAUUAAUUCUAUCAUAUCUAUACUAUCUAUCUCCCUUCUUAUAUGGGUUCUAUUCUGUGCAAAUGGCUCCAAUGGGCAGGUCGGUUUGAUUCAUGCUGUCUGAUUCAUUUUACUUGCCAUGCAAAGGUUAGGUACAAGAGUUGUUAUGACGUGGUUUUUCUUUCUUAAUUUUUAGGUAGGAUCAAGGAUCAGUUUAGUAGAGGAUAUUUUGAUUGUAUUUGUUCAAAAAUGAAAUAUUGAAGUUUUAAAGCU